AUUCAGUCUUCUCCCUCCUUGGCCUCUCCUCUCCAACAAAUUCGAAAUGUCAAUGUCAUUUUCCGGCGGGACUCACGACGAUCGUUGGGGUUCCGAUUUGACUUCCGCCGGAGAAUUCACCCAAAGCUUUCCAUCGUUUCCAGCAACGUACUCACCUUCCGACGGCGAAGAGCUCGUAGAAGUAACAAUCGAAUUCCCAAGCGGCGUACUAUUAAACAUCGAAUCAGUUACCAGCACCACCGAUCCAGAGAUCACCUCUUGCUCUGCUUCUGGUUCAGGAUCAAAAUCGCAUAGUUUAGGAUGGAGCGCGUCGUCGAGUCGUCGGAUCUCAGAGUUUCAUACGGUGGAGAAGGCGAAAAAGUUCUCUAGAGAUCUGAAAGAAAAGCUUCAGAGGAUCUCAUUAGGAUAUUCGUCUCGGUCUGCACCGGAGCCGGUGGUUCCUAAUGUAGUAGAUUUUACGGAUCCUGCAGUUCUCUGUCGCUCUUUAACACAGCGAUUAACAAAGUCCAAUGGAUCGUGUACAGAGAGAGCGAUUCAUGGUUUGAAAUUCAUAAGCAGCAAAGAAAAUGGAAUCGCUAAUUGGAAACAAGUUCAAAACAAUUUCGCUAAUCUUUCUAAAGAUGGUUAUCUUUGCAAAAGUGAUUUUGCUAAUUGCAUAGGUUUGGAGAAUGAAAAUUCGAAAGAGUUUGCAGACGAGUUGUUCGACGCAAUGUGUAGGAGAAGAAGAUUAAUGGUUGAUAAGAUCAAUCUUCAAGAACUAUACGAGUUUUGGUUCCAAAUUACAGACGAUAGCUUCGAUUCUCGGCUGCAAAUCUUCUUCAACAUGGUUAAAAAUGGAGAUGGUAGAAUCACAGAGAAUGAAGUAAAAGAGAUUAUUAUACUAAGUGCAUCAGCAGAUAAUCUAUCGAGGUUGAGAGACCGAGCAGAGGAAUAUGCAGCACUGAUCAUGGAAGAACUCGCACCAGCUGGGCUCUAUUCUCAGUACAUAGAGUUAAAGGACCUAGAGAUGCUACUACUAGAGAAGGACAUAUCUCAUAGUUACAGCCAACCGUUCAGUCAGACGAGCCGAGCCUUAAGCCAAAAUCUAAAGGAUACAAGAUGGGGAAUAAGUAGAAACUUGCUUUACUCUUUGCAAGACAAUUGGAAGAGGAUUUGGGUUUUGACAUUGUGGUUAGUGAUCAUGGGCUGGUUGUUUAUGUGGAAAUGCUAUCAGUACAAACGCAAAGAUGCAUUCCAUGUAAUGGGUUACUGCCUUGUCAUGGCGAAAGGUGCAGCUGAGACACUGAAAUUCAAUAUGGCUCUUAUCCUUUUGCCGGUUUGUAGAAAUACCAUCACCUAUCUCAGAUCCACCGCUUUGUCCCACUCAGUGCCUUUCGAUGACUGCAUUAAUUUUCACAAGACGAUCUCUGUAGCAAUCAUUAUUGCAAUGCUUCUUCAUUCAUCCAGCCACCUCGCUUGUGACUUCCCGAGGAUUCUAACAUCUACUGAGACUGAUUACAAAAGAUACUUGGUUAAGUACUUUGGUAUUACCAAACCCACAUACUUUGACUUGGUGAAUAGUCCUGUGAUAUGGAUGUAUCUUGCUGUACCAGUUUUACUCUAUAUUGGUGAAAGGAUCCUUAGAUUUUUUCGUUCCAGGCUUUACACCGUCGAAAUCUGCAAGGUUGUAAUUUAUCCCGGAAACGUUGUUGUACUACGCAUGACUAAGCCUACAUCAUUUGAUUACAAGAGCGGACAAUAUGUAUUUGUUCAGUGUCCUGCAGUGUCAAAAUUUGAGUGGCAUCCAUUUUCUAUUACGUCUUCCCCUGGAGAUGAUUAUCUCAGCAUUCACAUUCGCCAGCGCGGUGAUUGGACAGAAGGGAUUAAGAAGGCAUUCUCAGUGGUAUGUCAAGCCCCUGAAGCUGGAAAAAGCGGACUUCUCAGAGCAGACGGACCAAACCAAAGAAGUUUUCCAGAGCUGUUGAUAGAUGGACCUUAUGGCGCUCCAGCGCAAGACCAUUGGAAGUAUGAUGUGGUACUACUCGUUGGCCUUGGAAUCGGCGCAACACCUUUCGUUAGCAUUUUGAGAGAUCUACUCAACACCAUUGUUAAGCAACAAGAACAAGCUGAAUGCCUCUCAGGUAGUUGUAGUAACAGCAACAUCUCGUCGGAUCACAGUUUCAGUUGCUUAAACUCGGAAGCUGGGAGUCGGAUUCCCCAAACUCAACGGAAGACGUUGAAUACCAAGAAUGCUUACUUUUACUGGGUAACACGAGAACAAGGCUCGUUCGAUUGGUUCAAAGAUAUCAUGAACGAAAUUGCUGAUUCAGAUAGAAAGGGUGUUAUUGAGAUGCACAACUACUUGACUAGCGUCUACGAAGAAAGAGAUACUCGUUCCAAUCUUCUCACCAUGAUCCAAACGCUAAACCACGCUAAAAAUGGCGUCGACAUAUUUUCUGGAACCAAGGUAAGGACACAUUUUGGGAGGCCCAAAUGGAAGAAAGUUUUAUCAAAGAUUAGCGACAAACAUAGGAACGCAAGAAUUGGAGUGUUUUAUUGUGGAGGACCGAGUUUGGGGAAGGAACUUUCAAAACUCUGCCAUGAAUUUAACCAGACGGGAAUUUCCAGCGUCGCUCUAGUUAAGGAAGCAGCAGGUUUGGAUCCGAAGCAACCAACGGCUCAGAUCAAACAGAUAAAUUCAACGGCUCUGAUUAAUUAUAAAUUUCCUUCUCCUAUUUUAGGUUCCUUCGAGAUCUUUCUUCUCAGAGGUGUAACGAAAACGCUAGAACAGUCUUCUUCUCUCGAAUCGGAAAAGCUAAGAUCGGUAACAAUGGCGGAUGAACAUAAGCAUGAAGAAUCUUCACCUAAUUUGGAUCCAACGGUGGAAGUUGUAGAGAGGGAAUCGUUGAUGGAGAAGAUAUCGGAGAAGAUUCAUCACAAAGGUGAUUCUUCGUCGUCGUCUUCAUCAGAUGAUGACGAGAACGAGAAGAAAUCUUCGUCGUCUCCGAAGUCUUUGAAAUCGAAGGUUUAUCGUUUGUUUGGUAGAGAGAGACCUGUGCAUAAGGUUCUCGGCGGUGGAAAACCGGCGGAUAUAUUUAUGUGGAAGAACAAGAAGAUGUCAGGUGGUGUAUUUGGCGGUGCUACAGUAGCAUGGGUGCUAUUUGAAUUGAUGGAGUAUCAUCUUCUUACUCUGCUAUGUCACGUUUUGAUCGUUGCGCUUGCUGUGUUGUUUCUAUGGUCUAAUGCCACUAUGUUCAUUCACAAGUCUCCACCAAAGAUUCCUGAAGUACAUAUCCCUGAAGAACCUCUUCUUCAGCUUGCUUCGGGUCUUAGAAUCGAAAUCAACCGUGGGUUCUCUUCUCUUCGUGAGAUUGCAUCUGGAAGGGAUCUCAAGAAAUUCCUCUCUGCUAUUGCCGGAUUGUGGGUUUUAUCAAUCUUGGGCGGCUGCUGUAGUUUCUUGACAUUGGCAUACAUAGCUCUGGUUCUGCUCUUCACUGUUCCUCUUUUCUACGACAAAUACGAAGACAAAGUAGACGCAUACGGUGAGAAAGCAAUGGCUGAGUUGAAGAAGCAAUACGCUGUGUUGGAUGCAAAGGUAUUGAGCAAAAUCCCAAGGGGACCUUUGAAGGACAAGAAGAAGGAUUAGCUUUGGGUUUUUUUUUUGUGUGUGGGUUUUCUUUGGAGUGCAAUGAGCACAAUGCUCUGGUUUUUAAAUACGUGGGUUGUGUUGUGUUGUGAAUUGGUAAUCUAAAAGUUAUGUGUUACAUCUCAACUCGAAUUUUACUUACCAAACUUUGUUUCUUUGUUUUGGAGUUGUUUGUGGCAUUAGGACACUGAUUGUAGUCGCUCUCUUGCUCUAAACUUUUAAUGUAUUGAUGAUUUCCUUGUGUUUGUACAGUUCGAUGAUAAUCGAAGAUUUUACUUGCUAUCUCUUGUCGACUUAGUUUUGUUGAUAAUAGAUAACAAUAAUGUCU